CCUCCAACAAAUCUCUUCCUCCACUCCUUCCCACCACACACAAAGUUUCAUUCUCCAAUCAUCUCUCUCUCUCUCUCUCUGGUGUGUUUGCUUGGCUAGCUACCAGACAUGGACGACGCCACGAACAGUAACACCAUAAAGUUGGUGGUUUUCUUAAUCUUCAUCAUGGGGCUGCUAUUAACCGUUAACCCUGCAUCAGCAACUGAGACGUAUGAGCCAAACCUAAACCAAUCAACAACAACGGAAACAUUUCAUCCCGCCUGUUCGACGGAGUAUAAGCUAUUGAUCGAUGGCGUGACUAAAACUCAUCACGAUACACAAAGGCGGCGGCUAGCGCCGUAUCAGCUAUGCUUGCAGUGCAAGUGCUGUUCAGCCACAACCUGCAUCUUCAUGCCUUGCUGCUUCGGCAUCAACUGCCAACUCCCCAACAAACCCUUUGGAGUUUGCGGUUUUGUCCCCAAGACUUGCAACUGCACCAAUUGCACAACUCCUGAUUGAUGCUAUAUAUAUAUAUAUAUUUAUAAAUUCUAGCUAAGCUAGCUAUAUAUUCAGGUCUCAUCUUUCUCUUUGAAAAUAUAUACAUCUUCUGGUA